AUGGCUGAUCAACUUACUGAAGAACAAAUUGCUGAGUUCAAAGAGGCCUUCUCGCUUUUUGACAAAGAUGGUGAUGGUACCAUUACAACAAAAGAAUUAGGAACUGUUAUGAGAUCUCUGGGACAAAAUCCUACAGAAGCUGAACUCCAAGAUAUGAUUAAUGAAGUUGAUGCUGAUGGAAACGGAACUAUUGACUUUCCAGAAUUUUUAACUAUGAUGGCCAGGAAAAUGAAAGAUACUGAUAGUGAAGAAGAAAUCCGAGAAGCUUUCAGAGUAUUCGAUAAAGAUGGCAAUGGUUUUAUUUCUGCUGCUGAACUUCGUCACGUUAUGACAAAUUUGGGAGAGAAGCUUACUGAUGAGGAAGUUGAUGAAAUGAUCAGAGAAGCUGAUAUUGAUGGAGACGGACAAGUAAAUUACGAGGAAUUCGUCACAAUGAUGACAACAAAAUAA